AUGCCACAGAAAGCUAAUCCGACAUGCUCCCGAUGUGUGAAACCUAUUGUUAAACCAGCCAUUGUCACAGCGGCCAGAGCGAUCACCGUGGGUGGCAGGGGGCGCAGUCCCUGGCGCUACAACCUGCACAACUGGCGCCCCUCGACGGCUGCUCGUGCAGGCGAUGUGCUCGUGUUCAAGUGGAGGGGCGUCAUUCCCCAUGACGUGGUCCUCAUGGACUCAGAGGGCACCUAUGGAAGCUGUAACUUCGGAGCUGCUAAGAAGCUCACACGGAUCGUCAACUCCAAGACGUACAGGUACAAGGUGCCGCAGUCAGCAAGGGGCCAGACCCUUUACUUCUCCUGCAGUGUGCCUGGCCACUGCUCGCCUGGCAACAUGAAAGUGGCCAUUCAAGUCAAGGCAUGA